GUGCCAGCCGUCGGGCGACAACAAUGACCACUGGACGCCGUCAACGUGACAGCAUUUAUCGAUUUUCGGCACCCCCAUUGGAGCGCUAGGAGCAGUCAAGGAAAAGUUCGAGCUCCGCCGCAGACCCAUUGGGUUCGGACCAACGGCCUUCACAUGAGCAUGCUGGGCUUUGUCUACUUGGUUCUCAUCCUGGGCUGGAUACUGCUCGUCCUGUUUCUCAAGUGCAAAAAGUCCUUGUCCGCUCCAUUUCGCUUUGGCGAAAACUACACAGAUGCCAUCGCCGAAACGGAUCGUCGUCCCUCGGUGCAUGUGAUCCAGCUGCAGCACGAUGAUGUGGAACGGGAAGAUCAUUAUAUGAACAACUUUCACCGGAACACGGAGAAUCUGCAGCGCUACUCGCAUCGUUCGCAACGCUCCACGCUGGAGGAGCGGACCAUCGAGCGGACCUAUCCCACGGAUGCGGUGAUCAAUCCUGCCUACAUGCACGAUGAGGAUUAUGUGAUCAACGCCCCUCCACCGUCAUACGAGGAGGUAAUGCGUCAGCCGCAGGUGUAUCCCCAGGUGCGACACAACAACCACAAGAUCAGCGAUGCCGACAUUUAGCCUGGAUAUCCCGAUUAUCAAAUUGUAUAUACAUAUGCGUACU